GGACGUGCGGUUGAAAAUUUUGGACCAAUCAGAGGGCAGCUGAGGCAGAGCGGCGGGUCAGUCGCCCUUUGGUCGCUGGUGUGGGAGGCUGUGCGCCGCCGCCCUCUGAGCCCCACGCCCCGCCGCCGCGCCCUGGCUCAGUGAGUGACGGGCAGUGGCGAUGUACACAGUAAAGGGAAAGCCACGACAACACGACACAAAACAUAAAUAGAAGCCAAGUAAGCUGGUGAGUAUAGACAAGACUGGAAAAGUGGAAAAAAAAAGAGAGGAGGAGGUGAAACAGAAACCGACUGAAAGCUACAAAAUAAGACUGAUUGUAAUUAAAGAAGCAAAGAAACGAAAGUGGAUGAAAAUAUAAUCUUAAUGAUAAAUACGGAUUAAAUAAUGAGAAACGGUAAAACAAUGAACGCCAAGGAGAAGAACAAGAGACUAAAUGACCAUGAAAGGAUAGGAGAGAGAGAGAGAGAAAAAAAAAAUAAGGUAAUCAAAGAAAGGCAAGUACGUAAUUGAGUCUUUGAAAACUGACGAAUGAAAAUGAAAGGAGACAAAAGAAGACAAAAGAAGACAAAACUGGUCAUUACAUAAACUGUUGUAAGCUUUGCAAAGGAAACAAAAGGACCCCAAAAUAGACAGGUUAAGAGGAAGUUACCUUGAAGAAAAAGACAAAAAAUAACACAAAGAAAAUUGCCAAGAAGUAUAAAUAAGACAAAGGAGAAUAUCAUCAAGAAAUAUGAACCAAAAAAUAGAGACAGGCGGUGAUGAAAUACAUGGGAGACUGAAAGAAUGAAGAAAUAUUGCUAAGAAAUAAAAAAAAAAAAAAAAAGAUAACAAACUAAGAAAAAUACAUGACCCCUUGAAAAAUAGAAAAAAAAUAUAUAUAUAAACAAAACACCAAGAAAUUUAAAGAAAACGGAAAAAAUACAUAACUUGAUACGCAGAUUAUGAAAACCUAACCUUGAAAACUGAAAAAAAUACGCGAAUACUACAAAAAAAUACAAAAAAACUUCAAAUAAAAAAAAACAAGAAAACAAAGAAAAUAUGAAAGAAAGAAAAAGAAAAUAUAGACAGUUCACAUCUACUUUAGAGUGAAGGAAGGAAGGAAGGAAGGAAGGCAAACUGGAAAGUGAACCGGUUAACACAAUCAGUGCAUCGCCAGUGGGGGAGUGAAACGAGGCAGGGGAAGCAGGUGAGGGGGGGCGCAGCAGCAGGUAGGCAGGGGAGCAGGCCGCUAAUGACCAGGUGAGCGGUGUGCCGUGGUAAAAUGCUGACUCCGAUUUGUGAGAUUAAAUUUCCUGCAAGGCACUCACUCAAAAGUCCUGCAGGGAGGCGGAGGCGGCGCGGCAAACACACUGCAGCGGGAGGCGGAGGAGGAGGGGAAGGCGGUGAGAGAGUGAAAAGAUUAUAUUGCAAGAAGAGUCUGUUUUUCUCUCCCUCCCGUGACCAGCAGUAACUUUAAUCACACCUUCUGUUUUCUCUUACUACUACUACUACUACUACUACUACUACUACUUUUUUAUGUCAGGGUCACUGGCCAAGGACAACAAAAAGAAUAAAAAAUAAGGUCCACUGAGAGCGCCAGUCUGUAAAGAGACGGAAAAGAAGUACCGUCCAGAAUUAGAGGAUACUACUACUACUAUUUCUACAUUUCUUCCACUACCACCACCACCACUACCACUACCACUACUACUACUUCUACUACUACUACCACGACUUCUAGUGCUGCUUGAUACGAAAAACACCUGUGUCCCCGCCUUCCUUUGCCUGCCCCGUGUCGUGGCCGCCAGACAGCAGAGGGACGGCCAGAGGGAGUGCCGCGGCUCACUCACCUCCUUCACUAGCGGCGGUAGGAUGGCAGCGAGCAGGCGGCAGAUAGCGGCAGCACCAUCAGCACCAGCAGCGGCAGCAGGCGACACAGCAGGGGGACGCAGCAGGGCCAUAGCCUCGCAGUACUACUAUGACCCAGCCUCUUAGGGAGCAGGAUGGGGCCCUCCCUCGACGCCGCCACGCUGCCGCUGUUCACCGCCACCACCACCACCAUCACCACCCCACGACCGCCAGCCUCCCCCCUGCCGGCCAAUAGCCACCCCCUGUCACCCCCGCCUCCCGCCACCUGCCGCUAUGGCCAUGUACUUUUACGCCUCAAGGCUCCAGGUGCCCUUUUUCAAGGGGCUGCCGCAGACCCCCAAGAGCGGAGCCAAGGCGUGUCCAUUCAACGGGGUGGACCACGGGGCCGACCCGCCAGAGUGGGCCGUGUCCCCAGAUGAUGACAACUCCUUGGUGUACGAGGACGGCGUGCUGGUGUCGGGGUCCCUGCAGGCGCUGGUGCAACACGCCGUGCCCACCGCCGUGUACUACCCAGACACCGCAUACCUGUUCGCCUUCCUGCUGUCAUCGCGGCUGUUCGUCAAGCCCCACGAGCUGCUGCAGCGGGUGUGCGAGGUGGGCUUCACGCAGCAGGGCCUCAAGGACAAUGACCUUUCCACCAUUAACAAGGACAAGCUGGGUCGCUUCGUGGCCCACAUGGUGCAGCUGCUCGGGGAGUGGAGUGAGACCUUCCCCUACGACUUCCGGGACGAGCGCAUGAUGGGCAGCGUGCGCACCAUGACCCACCGCUGCAUCGCCCUGCAGCCCGCCCUGCGCCGCGACGUGACCCAGGUCCUCCACAACCUGCUCAACAAACUGACGCAGCUGGAGCGAUACGAGGAAGGACUCGCCAAGGCCCCCGCGCCGCCCCCCGUUGACUUCAUAUCCCAGCCUGUGGACAUCACGGAGGUGUGCACGAGCCCACUGGUGAUGGCGCAGCAACUGACCCACGUGGAACUGGAGAAGCUGUCAUACAUUGGGCCAGAGGAGUUUGUGCAAGCAUUCGCCAAAGAUAAUCUGGACGCAUGCUACAAGGACCUCAAGAAGACCAGCAACCUUGAGUGUUACAUCCAGUGGUUCAACAGACUCUCCUACCUGGUGGCCACGCACGCCUGCAUGCACGUGAAGAGGAAGCAGCGGGUGCGGGUGAUCGAGUGGUGGGUGGAGGUGGGGCGUGAGUGCUUCAACAUCGGUAACUUCAACUCCCUCAUGGGCAUCAUUGCGGGCCUCAACAUGUCCCCCGUGUCCCGCCUCAAGAAGACCUGGAGCAAAGUGCAGAGUGCCAAAUUUUCGGUCCUGGAGCAUCAGAUGGACCCUACCAGUAACUUCUCCAGCUACCGGUCCACCCUGAAGGCCGCGAUGUGGAGGUCAGCUGGGGCGGUGGACGACAGGCAGAAGAUCGUCAUUCCUUUCUUCAGCCUGCUAGUGAAGGAUCUGUACUUCCUGAACGAGGGGUGUGCGAGCAGGUGUGUGUUGGGAAGACUGCCCAACGGCCACAUCAACUUCGACAAGUUCUGGCAGCUGGCCAAGCAGGUGACGGAGUUCAUGGCGUGGAAGCAGGUGACUUGCCCCUUCGAGCGCGCCCCAGACGUCAUCCAGCACCUGCACACCGCCCACGUGCUCUCCGAAACGGGCCUGGCUCUCGCGUCCUUCGAGUGUGAGGGGCCAGACAACAGUUACGAGAAGGAGCGAUACAAGACACUGAAGGCAGACACGCAGCAGUCAGCAGAGAGGGAGUGAAGCUUAUCUAAAUUCAGAACACCGCAAGCUCAUGUCAAAAAAAAAAAAAAAGUAAAAUGCAAAUCCUGUGCCAGAAAGAUGAAAAAUGCCCCAAACAAAAUAGGAAAUGUGUGACGAGCAAACGAGCAAAAUGUGUUACGCUGCUCAUCCCAAGCAAAAGUGCACUCAUCUGAGAAUUAGUGUUAAGCGUGUUUAUUCACAAAGAAACGUCAGGAAAUGUGAAGAGGCCGAGGAUACGAGGCUCGGGAAGAAAAUGGUAAAUACACGAAUGGCCAAAAGGCAGAGCGCGGAGCCUCCCACCUCGUUUGCUGCGAGGAUGAGGAGGCGAGGGUGUCUCCCCUGCCUCCCCUCCCCCACCCAGGCCGCGGGGAGUGAGCCGAGGCAAAUUGCAUAAAAGGAAAACGGACCUUGAGUCACUGGAAAACGUGGCGUUGUGAGGUGAUGGCGGGGCGUGGCCGACACCCGCCAGGGAGGGCCGGGGAUCGGGGGUGCUGCAGCACUGUGAGGGACACUGACUUCGCUGCCCAGGAUGGAGGGAGGGCCUCUCUGUCAAUCGCGUGACCUCGAUGAAGGCGUGUCGCAGCUUGGAGUGAUACCUCAAGGUCGUCCUUGAGGAAGGCCCGACAACUGUAAUAGUGGACAGCAGUCAGAAACAUACUCACGAAAAGAAAAAAGUAAAAAAAAAAAAAAAAAAAAAAAAAAAAUCGACAGAAAAAAAGAUUAAAGUAACUGUGCUGGAAGAACUCGUCAGCAGAACUUGCAACAAAUUUAGAUAAAAAUACCUGUAGUGAACGACAGCACCAGCAGCAACCCGGAUCCAGAGGGAAGCUGCUGUGGAUCUUACUUUUUCCUCCUCCACUUCCGUAACGAGCAGUGGAUUCCUUGCCCAUUACUCGCUUUAUGUGCCGGCUCUGCUGCUCGUGUGUGUGUGUGUGUGUGUGUGUGUGUGUGUGUGUGUGUGUGUGUGUGUGUGUGUGUGUGUGUGUGUGUGUGUGUGUGUGUGUGUGUGUGUGUGUGUGCGCGCGCGCGCGCGCGCAGUGAGUGGUCGCGGCUGCCCCACCGUCGCACCUCCGGGGUAGUGGCAGUGGCGGCGGCAGGGAUGCACCCUUGAAGACAGUCGUAAAGACGGGCGAGUGUUGCAGGAAGGGCGUCACGGUGCGUGGUGAGCGUGGCCACGGAGGACAGUGCGUGAAGCGUGUCGCGAGGCGCAGGAUCGGCCAGGUGAGCGACACGGAUCCGAGCCAACACUUCCUCAGUCCACCACUCCACCAGGCAACACCCGGCGUCCCCACGCUCCCCGCCCCGCCCCGCCGGUAUAUAAAAUGACAACCACAGGAACAUUUGUAUGUAGAUGUGGUGUCCGGCGCGGCAGCGGCUGGCGGGGCGUGACUGGCGGCGGAACUUCAGAGCUGAGACAGCCACGGGGACACCACUGGCCCGCCGCGCCCCACCAGCCAGGCGGCUCACCGCGGCACUCACAGCCGGGGCAGGGCGGGGCUGUACAGUCACUAAUGAUAAGCUUCUUGGUCAUUGACAUUCCACAGAGAUAGUCAGUCUUCCUCGCUGGUGUGUAGGAGCUGAUGGCCGCGCCGGCAGCCACGGAGCAGCGGGCGGCGCGUGCUGGCCGAGCGGUCUGGUGUGUUUAUCGCAUUCUAAUCAUCGUGUAAUUUUUAUUCUAUCUAAGGUCUAGAAGAGUUCUUGAGGGAGGAAAGUUUUACGUUUCAUUAACGAGUUAUAUUUUCUCAUUUUUAAUGCUUUGUUUAGAUUUUAUAAUAUAAAAUUAUAUUUUUAUCUUAUUUAUGUGUAUGCAUGUACUUACGAUUCUUGCUGUUUUUGUUCCGUCUUCCUGAUCACGCGUCUGGCCGCCGCUGCAGGAGGCUUUGUUCCGCGCCUCAUUCCGCCCCGCGCGGCGCGACGCGUCUCCUCAGGCGCUCUCACGAGAGUGGUAUUGCUCGUUUUCCGUCCAGCGCCUUCCCACAAACACUUUAGAGGGAGGAAUGGCGGCGGGCGUGAGUGUCCUGAGGGCUACCGCCACACGCGCGGGGGCACCACCUGUAUGGAGGGAACGGGAAGGAUGGCUAGCGCGGCACAGCACAGCACGGGUGUUGCUGUACCAGCAUUUUACUGCUGAUCACAAAAACUCAUUUUCAAUUGCAUUCACUCUCCUCGUUGUCCCUGUUUGUUCCUGUUGUGCCGCCACCUGCGGACACGAGCGUGGCAACACUGCCCGGGUGACGCUCCCUCCGCUGGUCUGCAUAUCACCUUGCUUCACAUUCAGCAAAUACUUCGUACAAAAUAAGUUUAUUUUAUUUUUACGAUCAUUACAUAUAAUUAGUAUUAUUUAAAGCACAGGAUUAUACAGAUAAAAUACAACCCAGUAUUCUGCGCAUAUACAAGAAUUUUUUGCAGAAAUACAGUAGUUUGUCACACUUUAAAUGAAAAUGGGAUUAAACGGGAAUUGCACAUUAGGCCAAUCAGAGGGUUGGAGGAGCGGCCAGUCAGUGUUUCCAUGCCCGCACUGCCUCGCGCCACUGUAAUACUGGACUGACGAAGAGGCAACACUGAACACACUCCCAGACACCCGUUUUGCUGCCGCUGCGAGAGUGAACACAGCCAUCUGUACCCAUUUUCUCUCUCUCUCUCUCUCUCUCUCUCUCUCUCUCUCUCUCUCUCUCUCUCUCUCUCUCUCUCUCUCCGAGAUCUGAUUCUUUAUAAUGACUAUUUUCCAAUACAUUUAAAACUAUUCGAAGAGAUUAUAUAGUGUUGCGAUAAGAGCGACUGUAUGUACAUGUGUGUGUUUGUGUGAAAGAAUGAGUGAUUAACAUGCCAUCUUAAUUAUUGCACUUGCUGAGUUUGUCUAAGGUGUACACGGUGUGGGUGUGUGUGCAGCAACUCCAGUCCUGAACUCCUGUGUGCACGUUUCAACUCUGUCGUGUGUGUACAAAUUGUUUAAACCAAAGAUGGACUUAUUCCCCUCAUUACUGGCGUGUGUGUGUGUGUGUGUGUGUGUGUGUGUGUGUGUGUGUUAUGGAGUGCAGUGAAGAGAGGCACAACCAAUUCCUUGUGACUCUAUAUUUACAUGUAUUUACCUUGAGUAGAGCCAUGUUGAGAGGGAGCCAGACUGUUUGUGUGCACGCGCUGGUACGUAACACAAUAACCCACCCAACAACCCAGCCCUCCGUCACACACACACACACACACACACACACACACAAAAAAAAAAAAAAAUCAACAGAAAAAAGAUUCCUCGACCCAAGUUGUUUCUCUCCCUCGGGAAAAAAAAAAAAAAAAGCGAAGGGCGUAGAAGGGCGUAUUGGCUUCACGUGACGCUGCGUAAAAGAGGUGCAAAUGGAUUAACGGAGGGAUAGGAAGGGAAGGGAAUGUUAGGAGGAGGAAUUUUGUAGCAUCCGGUUAGGUAUCAAAUAUGACAGACUAUGGAGGAGAGGGAAGAAGAGGACGGGGUCAGAAAAUAUUGUCAAUGAAAGAGACGAUACGGAUACGGGGUAGGUGACCAUUAGAUUAAAUGACCUGAAGUAUGUAUAGGAAAGAGAGAGAGACUGGGAGAGCUGGGAGGAGGUUAAUUGAAUAGACGAGUGAUCUAAUGGCAAGAGUAUUGAAUGAAUUGUUGUACCGUUCCUAACAGCGGGAGAGGAAUCAAUCAUCCAGCUGAUGCUAUUCGUUAUUGAGAGGGUCACAUCAUUAUUAUCUGGCAAAGUGACGUAAUAAUCGGCUUGUUAUGAAGGGAACGUGAAUUGGUGUGGGUGGAGAGAAAGUCGGGUGUGGAAAUGUGUGGAAGUUUAUACGUCAGGUGUUGCGAGUAUAUAUCUCAGGUGUGGAAAUGUGUGGGAGUUUAUACGGGUGUGUGACGUGUGGUGGAAUGACUCUACUUACGGUGGUCGAGUGUGGAGUGCGUGGUGGUGAUACGAGUGGUGUAUGAUAGUGUGGUGCGUGUGGUGAACGAGUUUAUGGUGUUUAUCAAGGUAGUUGUUGUUGUGUAUGGUGAAUUAGUUGGUGUACGAGUGGUGUACGAGUGAUGUAGUGAAUAAAUUAGUGGUUUAUCAGGGUGGUGCGUGGUGGUGUGGUGUGCGGUGCAUUGAGUGCGCGGCAGCGGUGGUGAGUGAGAGCGUGGUGUCGGCGUGGGGAGGUGAAGGGGAAACACUGAAAUGCUUCACAAGGGAUAUUGAGUUUGGGGUGAGUGGCGGGGCACGGAAGGGGAUGGAAAAGGGCGAGAAAGAGCGAGAGAGGGUGAGCCUAGAGGGGACCAGUACCAGACUCUGGCGGGAGGAGAGAGAGGAAGAGAGGCUAGGGGAGGGGGAAGGUGGUGUCAGAAGCCAGAGAUAGGGAAGGCAAGAUUUCAGUGAGAUUCAGUUCGACAUCAAAUCGGAAAUAGGACAAUAGAAUAGGAUGCUAGCUAGGAUAUCAAUUGUAUGGAGAAGGGAAGGUAUGGCCCGAAUUCUCCAUCAAAUCGGAAACAGGACAGUAUAGGAUAGGACAUACUAGGCAGGACAUCAGCUGCUACAUGAGGGAGGAGUAUGGGGGAUGGUGGUGGUGGUGGUGGUGGUGUGUGUGUGUGUGUGUGUGUGUGUGUGUGUGUGUGUGUGUGUGUGUGUGGCUGGUAAUGAAUCAACGAGUGUUAAUAUUCCACCGACAUGAAAUAAUGAAUCAUGCAAAUUACAUACAUUGCACAACAUACCAUAUUCAUACACACCCCUCGCCACGAACAGCGGGUGACGGAGGGGGAGGGGAAGGGUUGGCAGGGUGGGAGUAACGAAGAGCGUGGAUGACGAUGUCCCCUAUCACUCUACCACGUCACCUUCACACAUCUAAGGGCGUCGCAGGUCAGUCUGGCUCCCGUCGGUCACCUGUCACCUGUCCACUCACGCCACGACGGACAGGUUCAUCAGCGGUAGUGGAGUAGACGUGCCGACAGUAGGUACAGACAGCAGUAGGUCCUUAGCGUGCGUGCGUGCGUGUGUGUGGCGGGCGAGGGAUGUAGAGUAAUCUUGACAGUAAUGAGUAACAGCAGCCGUCUAGCACACUCACUGCACCUGUAAAUAAUAAAAAGAAUAAAGAUCAUUUUGCAGCUUA